CAUGAUCAUAGCACUGACUGAAUACUGCGCUCAUUGACUGGAAAUCUUAAUUUUAUUUUCUUAAUUUAUUACUCAAACAUUAUAUUAAACCUAUUAUAACAUUGUACUAUGCUUGUUAAUAACGGCAUAUCUGUUGCUGCUCUCGUGUAAUAAACUAUCCGUUGUUCUAUCAAUGAUCUCAUCUCUGUCUGGAUGGUAGGAGGGGAAGGGAGAGAGGAGCGACAUCAAUAGAUUACACAAAACCCUCGUUAGUAAUUUUACGAUUCUCUUGUUGCUGCCUUCGCGAGUGAUCAUCUGAAAUGGCAACCAGCGUAAAGAGGCAGUCCCUAGGUCCGGUCCCUCCCCCCAGGAAGAAGUCCGGCCCCAAGUCAGAGCUCACUGAGGAGCUGAAACAGGAGAUCAGAGAGGCCUUUGAACUGUUCGAAACCGACGCCUCCGGACACAUUGAAGUCAAGGAGCUAAAGGUUGCUAUGAGGGCGCUGGGGUUUGAGCCGAAGAAAGAGGAGAUUAAGAGGAUGAUAACAGAGGCGGAUAAGGACGGAACAGGAAAGAUCUCCUUCUCUGAUUUUCUCACUGUCAUGACUCAGAAGAUGGCUGAGAAGGAUUCUAAGGAGGAGAUCCUGAAAGCAUUCCGUCUGUUUGAUGAUGAUGAGACGGGGAAGAUCUCCUUCAGGAACCUGAAGAGGGUCGCCAAGGAACUAGGAGAGAACCUGACUGACGAGGAACUGCAGGAGAUGAUCGAGGAGGCAGACAGGGAUGGAGAUGGAGAGGUGAACCAGGGAGAGUUCCUCCGCAUCAUGAAGAAGACCAGCCUGUACUGAGACUAUACCAGGGUGUUGUGGGGUUAGAAGACCAGCCUGUACUGAGACUAGACCAGGGUGUUGUGGGGUUAGAAGACCAGCCUGUACUGAGACUAGACCAGGGUGUUGUGGGGUUAGAAGACCAGCCUGUACAGAGACCAGCCUGUACCCCUCCAACAGCCCACCUCCUCUACCCCUAGUCACCUCCUCCCCUCCAACAGCCCACCUCCUCUACCCCUAGUCACCUCCUCCAACAGCCCACCUCCUCUACC